AUGGGGCUGCGGGCCACCAGCCUGCUGGUGCUGCUGGUGCUGCUGGUGCUGCUGGUGGUGGCCACCGUGGUCCUGGGGACCUGCUACUGGCAGGUCACCCGCAGCCUGCGGGACGCCUCGCGGGAGCACGCGGCGGAGCAGGGCCGCCUGGAGCAGGAGCUGAGCGCCCGGGAGCAGCGCCUGGAGCAGGCGCGGCUGGAGCUGGCGUGGGCCAGAGCGGAGCUGGGGCGCGCGUGGCGGGACGGCAACAGCAGCCGAGCGGCGCUGGAGCUGCAGGACAUGGAGAUGGGGCGCGCCAGGCAGGAGCUGGCCGAGCUCCACAAGGACAUGCAGCGCCUGCAGGGCCAGCUCAGCAGCAGCGAGAGCACCGUGGCCAGCCUGCGCGCGUGCGUGAACACAGAGUGCUGCCCCUCGGGCUGGGUGCUCUACAGGGGCAAGUGCCUCUUCAUCUCCGUGGAGCUAAAGACGUGGGGGGACAGCCAUCGCGACUGCCAAGAGAAAUCCGCUCAGCUGCUGGUCCAAGGCGACUGGCCAUCGUGGACAGUGCCGCUCUUUGUGCAGGAUGGUGCCACGUACUGGAUUGGGAAGAAACACAAACGUCAUUCCAAUCCUUCUGAGGACAGUUGGAUGUGUGCAGUAAUACCCUUCGGGAAGGUAGACAGCUGCUACAGGUGGAGGAAAUUACCGUGGAUCUGUGAGAAGCUGCCAGAUCUGAGCAGCACAUCUGAGACCGUCCUUCCUCUCCUGUCCAAGUGGUAACUCUGGAACACCCUUUCCACCACAGCUCAGAGGGAUAGGAGUGCGGGGUGCACAGCAGAGACACCCUUUCCCUCCUACACAGCCACAUCCCUGCAUCCUGUUGUCUCCACCACACUGCAAAUCUCUUUUAAAGGCAUACAGAUUCAUAGAACCAUAGAAUGGUUUGGGUUGGAAAGGACCUUAAGACCAUCCAGUUUCAACCCCCGUGCCAUG